GAUACAUUGACCUUGACUACCACUGACUUUCACUGGACACUCUCUCAACAAGGGGUGGUGACACAAUGUCGGCACCAGGUGCUUCUGGCUGGACGCCCUAUGACAAGCUAACAGACGCACCCACGAACCUGAAGGAGGCCAUUGACUGGGUCCUGAGGGUAACUGGUAGGGAUGGUAAGAAGAAUGAGAAGACGGCGCCGGCGGCGCCCAAAUUCGGUUGCCUCUGCUUUAUCGCUAAAGCAGUGAAGGACCUACUGUAUGACGCCAGGUCCCCGGGGUCCCCUGGUCCCAGCCCUAAAAGGUACUGGGACGACCUGCUCCUAGGACAGGAGAAGGACAUUGUCAAGCCAGUGCUCACUGACCUGGGACUUCUUAGUGGUGGAACUAGUGCAGCUACUAGUACUACCUAUACUUGUGCUGGUGGCACCGAAGUCAUUAGGGCACUGAUAGACCAGUUGGCACUGGGACUACAGAAGUGGGUUGGGUGGCAGGAUGGAGAAGAGGAUAAGUGCUGUCUUCUGGGAGAAGAGAAGAAUAGAGAUGGUAACGGAAUUGGUAAAAGGUGCGAUCAUGGUGCUGCCGCCCGUGGUGAUACAAAAUGCUGUACCAAGAAUGGUGCGAACGGUGGUUCUGGUGGUAGUAAUAGGGGUGGUACUCCUUGUGCUAGUCAUGAAUGUAAGCAUUGUGGUAUUAGUCCUGAUUGUAAUACGUGUACUGGUGGUAAAAACAAAUGCUACCUCUCGGCCUACAAAAGACACGAUAGUACCCCCAACACUACCCCUACAGACUACCUUUGGCCCACCAUAUCCAGUGACCCCUCUAAGGUCCACCUCCUGGCCCGUAUUUUCCUAGGGUCGGUAUGUCUCAUCUGGAGUGGACUCAGUCAGUUGGGGUUCCUAACAGGAAAUGGAAGUAGUAGGUGGAAGGAUAGUAAGCUACAUGAGGUGGACAAGGGUCUCGGAUCAUUCAUGGCUGCCAUGGGCUAUGACCUGGAUAGGUUGAAUCAAGGUAAAGGUAAAAAUGGAGGAGAAUUUGUGCACGAAUUGUUGACAGGAAAGGAUAAAGACAAGGGAGUACCUUGGAAAGAAUUCACUACAGGUGCUUCUAAGGAUAGUGUAGCUGAGUACUACAGCAGUAUCUAUAGUGGAGCAAAAACUGCCCUUACAGGGAAGAAUACUGAAGAAAUCUGUACUAAGUACCCCCUAUUGGUACUCCACAUCCUGGCCAGUGGGUACUUCAGGGCAGGUAGUGCCGGGGCCAAUAAGGUAACUGUGACGGCUUCGCCGGCCACUGAAAAGAAAGAAACACCCUCUUCUAGGAAACCCCGUCACCCACGAACAAUCCGUGAAAUCCUAUACUGGCUAAGUGCUCUGCCCUAUAGUCAGGGGUACAAGGACCUGGUGGAUAGGAUGCAACAAAAGUAUCCCCCAAAAGAUGGAGUACCAAAUGAAACAGUAGAUCAGAUAGAACUCUACGAUACCAGUGCAUCUAAGGCUAGUACCACUCUCCAGCGUAAGGAUAUUACCCACUACCUAAUGGCCGCCUGUGGCUACUGCCCACUGGUACUCAUCGGUAUCCAGGGGACCAUAGAAAGGGAAGUCAAGGCACAGGCGACAGUACCAAGUGGUAACAGUAAUGGGAACAACCAAGGUGGUAGUCCUAAUCAGAAUAAUGGACAAAGUAACAAGAAUAAGUGUCCCAAUCAUAGUAAAGACCGUAAUAAGAGGUGUACCCUUGACAAGAAAGAUACAACCGCAGAGGCAGUUGCCCAGGUACCGGCAGCUCCCGCUGCACCGGCUCCACAGUCUAACGGACAACCCCUAGAGGAAGGCCAAGUCUGCUACGGCGGGUACCACCUGGAAGUCUCCAAAUUUGGCCCCCUCCAUGGGAUGUAUGCCAAUGGGCUCUUUGGCUUUGACAUGGAGGGCUCUCCCGCCCAGUGCCUGGACCAACUGAGGAUAUAUGUCUACCACUGCUUCUACCAGCUCUAUUUCCUGAGGAAGCAGUGUAGUGCAGAGGCUGUGCUGGGUUGGCAGAGUUGUAGGUAUGGUAAGGAUGUUUAUUGGGGGAGUGGCUAUAGUUCUAGUAACUUGUGGAGAUGUAAAACAGAUGGUACGGCAGGAGACGAGCAUGCCAAGAGCUGUGGUAUAUCCGACGGUGCGGGUGGUAACGUUGGUAGUGGUACUAAGCUUUCUCCCUUGAUGUCAUUUCUGUGUGAUGCACUAGGAUCAAUGGUCUGCGAUCAAACUAGAGGCAAAACCCCUGACAGGGAAAGAGACCCUUAUCCAUCUAUCGAGGAUCACAUGAACAAGACAGUAGAUCAUAACGGGAAAGAACAGGGUCCACACAAGAAGUAUCCCGAACUUUGUCCCGUCCCAAUGGGUUGGGACAAUGGGAAACACUUCAAAGAUUUGAAAGACACGCACAAGACACUGCCACUGACAGGAGCUCAAGGAGGCAGUCCUGGCACUUACCCUGUACACUGCACUGGGAAUACACUGUCACUACUCCUGGAAUACUACUGUGACCCAGAAAAGUGCCCUAGUGGCACCCUAGUGGUACUACUGAGACUACUGGCGUGUAUUACUCCCACGGUGCCACGGACCCUGGGUGACCUCUUUGGGUUCUAUUACUAUAUAGUCUACAUUGGGGGAAACAGUAGUGGUGGAAAGGGAGUGUAUGGGAAGCUAGAGGCUGAACUACAGGAUGUUAGGUUGAGCAUGCUGAGUGGCAGUCCUGAUGCAGUGGUCGAGGCACUGACCACAUGGAACGGUAGUAGUAGUACUAGUGGUAGUGCCUGUAGUCACAGCACUACGGAUGGCUCCCUAAAGACCCUAUUUGGCUGUAGUAGUGCUAGUGGUGGCACUAAUAAGUGUUGUCCAUACCUCUCUCCUCUGAGUGGCCAGCAGUAUGGGCAGUUGAGUCCCUUGAUGGCCGGGACCUACCUGUCAUGGUUGGUCUAUUUGAUAGGGGAGUUCAAGACAGGACUAGAGGGAUUGGCAAAGGAUUAUAGGAAUAUAGUGUGCAAAGAUGAAGGGUGUGGUACGAGUCCGGGAGGAGCUGCUGGUGGAUGUGGCGCUGACUGCAAGCAAGGAAGUCACGGUACGACAUGCAGCAGUGGUAGUGGCAGUGGCGGAGUCUGUAAGUGUGCCUCUGUCGUAUCAUGUACCGGGGUACUGCCGGUGUUGUACAGGUAUGGCUUUGGGUAUGGUAACGUAGAGACGUUGCACAAGGAUACAGGUACACAAAAAAAGUGUCACGAUUUCUUGGAGACCUUGAAGAAUGUAGAAGGCAGCAGCGAGUUCAAGAAACUCAUUAACGAAAUAAACCAGCUCAUCUACACCACCAGGCUGCCCUGGAUAUUUGUGCUGACAAUAGCCUGGCUAGUAGCGGUGCUGUACCUUGCAUUUGGUGCCAUAUGGCCACUGGACUGGACACAUAUGAGGUCGCAUUGUAGGGGAUGGUUUAGGAAGGGUAGUCUUAGUCCAUGGGAAGAACUGAUGGUGGGAAAGAAGAAGGGGAGGGGUAUAUUGGAGUUCUUUGGUAAGACAUAGUGGCAAAGUAGUGGCGCCUUCGGCGCAACAGUGUCUCUAGGGACAGUAGCUGUGUUCGGGGGUCCAUUAGUGGCUGCAUUAGUUAAGAGUAAUGAUGCCUGGAAAAUACCACUAGCGGUAUUGCUAGGAAUAGGUGGAGGGGCAUUACUAGUAGCAGUAAUGGUGAAAGCAGUAGUGGGAUCUAAAUAG